AUCAGAGAGGGAGACACAAAAGGAAGAGUUCAACUCAGAGAAGAGACAGACAGACAGAGGUCAGCUGACACCAGACAGGCAGGUAAACAAACAGAGAGCGUGACAUCAUGGACAGGUUGGCAUAUUCAGGUUCAGGAUGACUUCCUAUUUUGUGCACUUCCUCUUCCUCUGGUCUUUGUCUGUCAUGGCCUCUGCUGAACCUGCAGGCUGUAAAAUACGUAUCACUGACAGAGGACUGGACAUGUUGAAGUAUGAAACUCAAAAAUUUGUUGAAGAGGAGCUAAGUAACAUCAGCAUGCCGGAGAUGAAGGGGCAAGACGGACGAUUCCAGUACACCAUCACUGAUGUGAAGAUUACAGAGCUGAAUCUGACUCACGCUGAUCUGCGGUUCAUCCCUGAUGUUGGUUUGCUGUUCGAUGUUCAGAACUCAUCGAUCUCACUGACUUUCAACAGACGGAUCCUCUACUGGUUCUUUUACGACACAGGAAACAUCAACGCGUCGGCUGAGGGCGUGAACAUCAACACAGCUCUGAACCUGAUCAGAGACGAGGAGGGACGGCUGAAGAUCAAUAACAUCACUUGUGAUGCCAAUAUCAGCAAAAUGAGUGCAAAGUUCAGUGGAACGCUGGGGAGAGUUUACGGCUUCCUGGCCCGGUUUCUGACAACAGGCAUGCGCUUCCUCCUCAACCAAAAGAUCUGCCCGGCUCUGGAUCAUGCCGCUCUGGUUCUUGUGAACUCACUGUUGGAGACGAUCCCAGUGAGGACAGAAGUUGAUGAGUUUAUUGGAAUCGAUUAUUCGCUGAUUGAUGAUCCCGUGGUGACGUCCCGGAGCCUCGACAUGCACUUCAGGGGGAUGUUCUUCGACAUUUCUCACCAGAACGUCUCGUUGGUGAACUAUGCUGUGGAACCCGUCAUCAAAGAGUAUGACCGGAUGGUAUACUUGGCACUGUCCGAGUUCUUCUUUGACAGUGGCUUGUUCUCCUACUACACGGCCGGAGUCUUUCAGACGCACAUAGUCAAUGAAAAGAUGCCCAAAGAUCUGGAGAUGUUAUUGAGAACCACCUACUUUGGAUUCAUCAUGAUGCUGAACCCGGCACUGGUGGAUGCUCCACUGUCUCUCCAGCUUGCCGUCAACUCUCCGCCCAAAACCUCCAUCAAGACGUCUGGAGCCACGGUUGUCAUGACUGCCAUCGUCAAUGUGAUGGUGCUGCCUCCAGGUCAGCCUCCGGUUCAGCUGAGCAGCAUGACCAUGGAGACCAAGUUCAAUGCCAAAGUUUCCAUGAGAGGAAAACGUCUGUCUGUUCACGCUGACCUACGCAGGUUUAAGAUCUUCUCCAACCAGUCAGCUCUCGAGUCUCUGGCGUUGAUUCCUCUGCAGGCUCCUCUAAAGACGAUGCUGCAGAUGUCUGUAGUUCCACUGAUCAACAACUGGACAAAGAGAGGCGUUCGGAUCCCGCUGGCUGAUGGGAUGGAUUUCAUUGAGGAGGUGGUUGAAUAUCAUAACGGUUUCAUCGUGAUCGGAGCAAAUCUUCACUUCAGCAAAGGGCUGAGAGAAAUGGUGGUAGGAAGCUCAGAGAUGGAGCAACAGACUGCCAACUCCACCGCCACCACCAGCACUGCCUAAAUGUUCAUACGCAGGGUUUACAUAGAUCUACAAUUAAUGUGAAUAUAUACAACACAUCAUUAAAAGGAUGAGUAUAUGAUGAACAGAUCAGAAAAGAACUGACAGCAGCACAGUGAGCCUUACACCUUGCAAUGAGUCCAAACUAACAAGGUUACAGUUACAGACACUAUUACUCCUUCUCACAGUUUAAUGUAUUAUUCAUAGAUUAUCUUCAAGAUUACAGGUAAUUAUAGUUCAGACAGUGUUGUUCACCAUAGGUCACAUGCACGCUGACGCUGUGAAGGUCAAACAAUAUAAAUACGAAGGACUGAAUCAAACAUGAAGGGAAACACUUGUAUCCAUGACAACACUGUGUCAGAACAACUCUAAAGUUGCCCCCCCUCUGAGGGUGUUGUUCCAGUGGGCAGAAAAGUGAUCAUGUGGUAACUGUCAAGGUUUAUUUCUUUAACCUUUUGUUAGUUUAUUCUAAAGAACUGACGUUCUGCCCGAGAACAUCAAUUUAUAUUUCAUGUUCUCUCUAAAACCUCUCACUUCAUGUUGAUUCAUGUUGUUUCUAUUUACACCUGAAUGUCAGGUAGCUGGAAGCCUCCUCAUUGGCUCAGUUUACACAUGAAACACGAUUCAUCACUGUCAAGCCGAUCGGGGAGAAAAUGCUUCGGUGUCUGAUGUACUUAGAUGUCUUUGACCUGAUGAAUCUUUCGCUUUUUGUCUCAUUAGGAAGUGUAAACAGGUUAAAACUACAUGAUAAUACUGGAAACCACUCAGGAGAUUUUAUUUUUCAUCUGUGCUGUUGCUGGAAAACCUGUCUCACCUGUACUUACCUGAACAUUAAAGAUUAUGGACCUGUUCAAAAUAAACUGAAAGCUAAACCUGA